AUGAUAAUGAUUUCAUAAAGUUAAAAACACAAAUUUUCCCAAAUCCCAUCCUCUCAAAAUGAAAAUUUCUUUAUCAUUUUUCCUAGUUACCUUCCUAUGCUUUAACCAUUUUUCAUUCAUUUCUUGUGAGAAGAAAGUUUCAUUGACUUUAUAUUAUGAAAGUUUAUGUCCUGGUUGUUCUAAUUUUAUUGUUAAUUACUUACCUAAGAUAUUCAAGAAUGGGAUAAUUGAUAUUGUUGAUCUUAAACUUGUUCCAUGGGGCAAUACAAAGAUUCAAGCCAAUAAUACCUUCCUAUGCCAACAUGGUCCAGCUGAAUGUUUUCUGGACACUGUAGAGGCUUGUGCUCUUGAUGCCUGGCCACAUUUGAAUGAACACUUCCCUUUCAUUCACUGUGUGGAAAGUCUGGUCUACCAUAAGAACUAUACCCAGUGGGAGACAUGUUUCGAAAAACUGAAUUUGAAGAAAGAGCUUGUUACUGAUUGCGUUGGCAGUGAUCGCGGCAAAGAGCUUGAACUGCGUCACUCGGCUGAGACGCCUCCACAUAAAUUUGUGCCAUGGGUUGUUGUUGAUGGCCUACCGCUUUACAAAGACUACAGGAACUUCGUAAGCUACAUCUGCAAAGCAUACAAAGGAACUGCUCCAAUCCCCGGCUGCACCUCAUCUAAUUCGUUGAGUUUCACUUCUGAGUUUUCAACUAUAAGUCCCGAUAUCACAUCAUUCGAUGAACAGAUUAAUCUUGCCGCGUCUGCAUAGUCUAUCACGCUGCGCGCAUGUAUACUAUAGAGAUCAUUGAUGCUGGCUGAUUAUUUUUUCAUGAAAUGAUGAAUUGGUGAAUGUAUUCUUAAAAUAUGUAUCAUAUAUUGGAUGAUAAUAAAGGUGCUAAGUUCUCUAAUCAGCUUAGGGGUGUGCAUCAUUUGUUCGGUUUUGUGUAUUAAUGAUUCAAUUUAUCAGUUUUCGAUUUGUAAACACAUUAAACCAAAAUAGCCGAUUGGCUUUUGGUUAAUCUGUUUUUGAUUUUUAUCAGUUCGAUUUUUGGUUU